UCCGCCCGUGCGGUUGCCCGGGUAAUUUUCUGGCUUCGGUGGGAUCACAGAGGGGCGUGUACGCGGGUUCCGAGGCACCUGCCAGAGCUGGGAGCUUGCGCGGGCCUGAGCUUGACGGGUCGGAGGUCUCCAGGAGCCCUCAGCAUCCCUCCUUUCUCAUUCACACACCCCGGCCUCGCGCGUUAGGCGUCCCCCCAACAGACGAAGUAUAUAUUACAAAGCAUUCAAAGGCAAGUGAAAAUUCAAAUGCACAGAGCAGAGCCAGAGAGCCUUCUACAGAGGCUCUUCAGAAGGUAAGCAUUUCUCCUGCUUUGGCUAUUGUAUUUUCAGAAACAUAUUCUCAUUCUUUUUUUAUUAUUAAAAGCAUAACUCAUUAGUGUAAAUAUUUUUCAUAUUCAUUUGACAUAUUGCUAAAAAUGCUGUUCUGUUUGUUUUUGUAUUUUCAAGAGACAGAAGGUAUACCGUCAAGCCCUAAGGAUUCUACCGUUUCCUUCUCUACCCUGAAGAGACUUGGAAAUUAAUGGGUAACAUUUUGCAUGAAAAUUUCUAAAUGCUACUUGUUCUUAUCUCUGAGGCCUUCUGUGGAGAAUUAAUAGGAGGUUGAAUGAGCAAAUGGAUAAAGUGAACCGUCUUAAAGGAUUGAAGUUCCAAAAAUAUAUCAGCAGGACUGGACAGGUUUGAUAUAAUGAGAUUUCUAUUUUAGCUUGACUUCUGAAACUCUGAAUAAACUAUAAACUGAGCUACACAAGGUCCUGGGAAGGAAGUUUUUCUUCUAAACUAUUCUAGUUACAUAUAACAUUUUUCUUAUUUAGAUCCUUUGAAAAAAUAUAUAUUUAGUCAUCAAUAGGAAUAAGACUAUUAUACAUAUACCAACUUGUAAUGUAUGACGUGGGAGAGAAAGUAGCAAAUUGUGUCAUACAGGAAAAGACAUUUAAUUAAAGAAACAGACACCAGGAAGAGGAGAAAUCUCUAUAUAAGUGCUGGUUGAGAUGGCAGAAGCUUCUGCAGAUGCCUCAACUCUCCCCGUAACAGUGAAAAAGAAGAAAAGUUUAUCCAUUGAAGAAAAGAUCGACAUCAUAAAUGCAGUAGAAAGUGGCAAGAAAAAAGCAGAGAUUGCAGCUGAAUAUGGAAUAAAGAAAAAUUCAUUGUCCUCUAUUAUGAAGAAUAAAGACAAAGUUCUAGAAGCCUUUGAAUCUCUGAGAUUUGAUCCAAAGAGAAAAAGACUGAGAACUGCUUUCUACACAGAUCUGGAAGAGGCAUUAAUGAGGUGGUAUCGAAUUGCUCAGUGUCUAAAUGUACCAGUUAAUGGUCCAAUGUUGCGUCUAAAAGCAAAUGAUUUUGCCCAGAAACUGGGACAUAAUGAUUUUAAGUGUAGUAAUGGUUGGCUGGAUCGCUUUAAAUCCAGGUAUGGUUUAGUAUUCAGAGCUCAACCUGUAGAAGCUACAGGUGUAUCAGUAGACCCUUCAGCGGUGUGGCACCAAAACGUACUUCCUUAUUAUUUAAAUGAUUAUCAUCCUAAAAAUGUUUUUAAUAUAAAAGAGACUGGACUGCUUUAUCGAAUGUUACCUACAAAUACAUUUGCAUUUAAAGGAGAAACGUGCUCAAUUGGAAAGUUAUGCAAAGACAGAAUAACGCUGGUGGUCGGGACAAACAUGGAUGGCUCCGAAAAACUUCCUUUGCUUAUCAUUGGGAAAAACAGAAAUCCACAUUGUUUCAAAGGAAUAAAAUCAUUGCCUGUGUGUUAUGAAGCUAACAGAAUGGCAUGGAUGACCUCAGAUAUAUUUGAACAGUGGAUGCAGAAGCUUGAUGAGAAAUUUCAAGCCCAGCAACGAAGAGUUGUGAUUUUUGUUGAUUCUCUUCCUGCACACCCAGAGGUAAAGAACCUGAAGUCCAUUGAGUUAGCAUUUUUCCCAUCAUGUUUGUCUCCCAAAUUUAUAGCUAUGAAACAAGGUGUUAUUAAAAGCCUUAAAAUCAAAUAUCGACAUUGUCUUAUCAAGAAAUUUUUAAGUUCUGUUGAAGGCAGCAAAGAAUUUACAUUUUCCCUACUAGAUGCAGUUGACACAUUGCAUCUCUGUUGGAGGGCUGUAACCCCAGAGACUAUUGCUAAGAGCUAUGAAGAGGCAGGAUUCAAAUCUCAACAGGGAGAAAGCGACAAGACAAAUACAGAGUCCAACACUGGUCUUGAUUUGGUGUCCCACGCCCAAGCAGCGGGAGUGGAGUUUCCUGAAGGUUUAUCUAUAGAAGAGUAUGCUGCCCUGGACGAUGACUUGGAGACAUGUGAAGCAGCGCCAAGUGGUGAUACGGUCUGGACCAAAGAAAGUAAAUCAGAUGAAACUGGAUUUUAUACUUCUGAUGAAGAGGAUGAUGGUGGGUCUCUGGGAACUGAACUUCCCUUACCCUCAAAAAAUGAGGCAAUAACUGCUUUAGCUACUCUUAAAAAUUUUCUUAGAAGUCAAGAUAUGAAUGAUGGGCUUCAUAAUUCUUUAGCAGACCUUGAAAUUUUUAUUAACUCUUUAUCACUUAAGUAAUUAAUUAUUUUACAACAACUGAAGACUAGUACCUUUUCCUGAUAUAUUUUUCUAUAUGAGGUAUGUAAAGGGAAAAUACCACAAACACAAAAAAUGAAAAAUUAGUGCAUUUGGUUUACUUGCAAAUGUCUGGUCUGAUUAGUAAAAUUCCCUACGUAAAUUAAGUAAAUGAAAAAGCUGAAUUUCAAUUUAGCAAGCUUUUGAAAAGUAGAAAUGUAUUUCAGAGGCCUGUACUUGAAAAAUAUGGUAAAUGUGUUAAAAAUAAAAAACUAUCCAGCUAUCUGAUUUAUACAGAUUGAAUUGGUGAUUACUAUUUUCUUUCUUUUUUAAUGUGUACGUCAUGUUCCAGAAUAUUUUAGCUUAACUACCUCAUUUAAGGAACAAAAUCUUUAUUAUUGCUUAGAUAUUUAUUUUAUAAGUACAUAUAUAUGCCGUGUAUGUUUUAACUAGACUCUUAAGGAUCAAGUAUUAAUUUUAAAUUUUUAAAUUUUUCUCAUAACGAGCUAAUAUUUUUAAAAAUAAAUGAUAAAAAAAAACUACUGAAAAUAAAACUGGACCCAAUCAUACACCAAAAUGAUUAAAAAUUUGUCUUAACUAUUUUCAAGUUAUUUCUAUAUAAGUUCAAACAAAAGACUGUGACAUCAGACUUUUCUUAUCAUCUAAAAACAGAGGAUGAUAUGGAUUCUUUCUAAAUAUUUGUAUGUAUAUGUGUGUGAAAAUAGUAAAAUACAUUAUUGAAACAUUUGUUAAACUCUUAUGAUAUUUAUAUUGUAAUAAUACUACUCUUAAAAAGGAGACAUAUGUACU